GCUUCCCAACGACCGUUUGAGCGCAAACCUGGCAAAGCUGAGGCAGUCACACCGGGCUGGGCAGACGGUCUCCCUCCCCCGAAAUACCGGUACUCGUAUUAGCUUGUCGGCAAGUAUCCCCUCCGGUCAACGGGUAGCCCCGCCCUUUCAGCCGCAUGCCGGCACUGUGCUCCAGUGCAUGCCUUUAUCCACCGUAGCCCAACCCUGCCCGUGAGGAAGGCUGCAGUCUGACAACGAACAACUGGGUGUAGUACUGUAUCACCACAUCGCAUCUCCCCUGGUUUGUUUACGCUCCAGAGGGAAACCUAUUUAUUUAACCAAGUUGGAGCUGGGAUCGGCUCGAGAGCUCAUCUAUCAUUUCUCCACCUUUCGGCUUCGAGGGUCCUGGCUUUGCAAACGGCUUGGGUUUUCGGCUUACGACCACCUUUAACCUACUUGCCUUCCUUUCCCCUGACCCCUUUCUAGGAAUCUACGAUGACGGUUGGCGACGAUCUCGACCCCCCGCCAAAGUUUGAUACUUUGGCGUUGCUGUUCUCGCAUUACACUAUCAUUACUGAGUUUUCGAAGAUGAUUUCUACCGGAGACUGUAUGUGAUUUCCUGUUUGGCUUUUGUUUUGCUUUUCCACCCUUCUCGGGAAUGUCCGGUUAGGCGGGGGAGGGGGUGAACUGACGAACAACACAGUGAUACGGUUAUCGCGCACAUCAAGCACCAUACGUGAGACGCUACUCCAGUCACGGGCGCACUGGGAACGCCUUGUUAGCCUAACGAGUCUGGAAUGUUCCGAGGAGGACCACAUAAAGGGCGAGAAAAUCAAGAGUUGUAAAAUCUGUUCUAUGCCUGUCUGCGAAGUGGGCCCCCCACCCCUCCCUCCUAACUAUUCACUAUAAUUACAUCGACUGACAUGGCAAAUACAGACAUGCAUAGUCCGUGCAGACUUUUUUGGCCAGAAUGGCACUUACUCCAACCGCAUCCGUACAUUCUGCGACACUUGUUGGUCUGCCACGGAUUUCUCCGACACAGACCUGGCCGCGGAGGAUCUCCUCAACCACGUUACGCCAGUGCCCUGCGAAUGUGUUGCCAGGGACGGGUGGUUAUGCUCUUCCUGCCGGGCCAUCGAACGCUCCGAGUUAGUCUACAACAAACGAGUGUGUGCCACCGACGGUUGUGAGAACCCACAUAAUUCGUCCGAGAAGCAUCGUGUGUGCACAUGGUGCCAGCGCCCACUACCCGCCGCCUGGAGGCCAGUAGGGGAACCGAAUGUCCUGGGUAGGCAUAUAUUCAACGAGGAUGGGACGAUUGGAGUGGAUUUUGCGGAUGAGGGUCUGGGGGAUGGCGGCUCCGCAUCUCCUGUGGAGGAUAGAGGGUUGAGGAAGGUGAAGAGUACGGAUAAGAUUGCUGGGUGGGAUCAUGAGGAUGAGGACUCGAAGGCUAGGUAUAAGGAAGCGUGGUUGAAGAAGGGAGCUAGGGAACGGGAAAGGGAUAAGGAGCAUCAAAGUGAGAGCAGUGGUUCUAGUCAGCAGGAAGGGAGGAGGUCAUCCGUCGUCGCCAGCGAGGCCGGGGAUGGUGAUGGUACUGUCCACAGAGAAGAAGAACAGGGACCCUCAGAUGAUGAGCCCUCAGCGGGAAUGGGAGGCCCGCCGCCUUAUAGCGGGUCGUAGAACUUGGUAGCUGUUUCCCGCAUCUGUAUGAUAGCUUGCCUGCUGAUAUCGGAAUGGUUGCUUGAUUUUAUUUUGGUAGAAAUUGGUGUUGCGAAUCGCUUUUGGGGUUUGAUUCUGUGUGCGAUAUGGCUGGGAAAAGCUUCUGGGUGGCAUGCAGCUAUGCAGAUAGUAGUUAGGGAUUGCUGGUGUCAUAGUUUGUCACUCGACUUGACACUUUGGCUACAUCUUGCUUGGAUAAUUAGCGUGAAAGUACGCACUAAGGAUCCGCCUUAUACUGCUUUUGGUGUGGGCUGCUGCUCGGGGAGGUUGGGAAGUGGGCAUUGUAGAUAACCUGCUCAAAUUCUUGAGGACAUUGGUCUCAGUGAUGGCAUCUCUACGUGAUUCCCUUCUUAGGGGAACAUGGAGCGACAAUCUAACCGCGAGCGCCUGAUAAAGCCCCGAAAGUGCCCGUCUCGGAAUCUGUGACUAAGGCUUCUCAGAAUACCGGUAUACGGCAGCACACCUGAAAUGUGCUAUGAUACCUCACAUCUUUCCCCCCACACUCUCUUAUUAGUCCCACCAAUCCACUAAUCCUUCUCUGAUCCCCUCUCCUCUGUUUCCUCCCUCCACCCUCAUAAGGCUUCCCAUCAGUCCAUCUCAUGACAUUAUCCAAAACUCGUCUCGCCAACCACUCCCAAAAUGAGAACCCUUGAAGAGCUUCUACCCCGCACCCUCCUCCCUCGAGCCCUCCCAGAUUCCACCGGUGGUCUCCCGCCCCCCACGGGCCCGGACUACCUCCAGAUGGAGGAAUACAACCGACCGCUGACCACCACGUUCUUUGCCCUCGGGAUAAUCCUCUGCACUGUGCUGGUUCUCUCGCUGAUAAUCUGCUGCGCAGCGAGACUGGUUGGGCAAAUUCACGAACGCCAUAGGGUGCGUGUGCGUGAUAGGCGGAGACUCGCUGCGGGCAGGGGGAGAAUGAUGCGGGGAUUGGGGGUGUUGAGGAAGGGAGAUGGUCAGCGACGGAAGAUUGGGGCCGGGAUCGGAGCAGCGGCGGUAGUGGCUAGGAAGGAGGGGGAGGAGAAGAAAGGGGACAAAAAGGGCACCUUUUAUGACAAUGAUGAUUGUGGUGGUGAGAAC